AGAGAGAACGAAACACAGACUAUUUUUUUUUUGAGAUAGUUUUUAGAGGGAGAACGAAGGGGAAGGACGAAGCACGAAGACGAACGAACGAACUGCAACAUAAAAAUAAAAGAAGAAAGAAAGUGCACAUGGUAUCCAUGAACGUAUAAGAAGCGCGAGAGGAAAAAAGGUACGAGCUUCAUAAGAGGGAGUUUAAGACUCUCCCAUGGGUCGCAUUUGCUAGGGCAAAUUCGUAUGCUUUGAAUUUCGAGGUGCCCUGCAUCAAGAAUACCCCUGGCGGGAAAGAAGGAUCAGGGGUCUUUUUUAUUGUUAAUUGUCUGUCGGGCUGAAAAUAUUAUCAAGCUUGUGCCAGCAGAUACACUCACGAUAGUCAACUACGAUCAAUGUGUGGGGAACGUUUGUAAGCUGUACGUUUUGGGGAGGAUAUGCAUGGACGCAGCUUAGAAUUGGCUCGUCUUGUGAAUGCUGACGUUGAUUCCAUGGGAGAAAUUGAUGGUAGGGUUGGAAUCAAUAGCAAAGUUGGACCCCAACAUCCAACAGUUCAGAAGGCUCAGGAUGAACUCAGGCAGGAGUAUGAUGUUCGCGAAGAAAGAAGAAGAGAGCUAGAAUUUCUUGAAAGGGGCGGAAAUCCUUUGGAUUACAAGAUAGUGAAUGCUACCUCCAUUAGUGUCCAAUCUACUUCAUUGACUAAUCAACCUCAUGAACGUGAAGCCAAAGGUAGUUUUGCUCAAACCACUUCGCCUCUUGGAGAUUCAGUUGAAAGUAGUGGUAGGCCAGGAGCCAGUGUAGCAUGUGAACCGAACAGUGCUGAUAAUCUUUUGUUAUUUGAUGGAGAAAGUGAGUUUAUUGGAGGUGAAAGGAAUCCUAUGCAUCCCUGUAAAAAUGUCAUUGCUCCAUCAGAACAAUCUUCUAGACUGCAAGGUAAUCAAAAUGCUAAAGAAUUUGAGGAUUCAGCUGCCAUUGCCUUCCCAAAAAACCAAGCAUAUAAGCGGAGAAACCGAACAAGACCUAAUCGUGAAAAUGCUCGAUCAAGUUCAACUGAUAUUGUUCAACCCCGUACUGGCCAUGUUUCUUCCAUGCGUUCAGGUCCAAAAGAUCUUAAGGUCUCUGUAGUUGAUGCAAAUAAUUCCAAGGACAAAAGCGUCGCAUCAGUCUGCAACUCUAAGCCAAGUAGUCCAACUGGUAGUUUAGACUGUAAAGCAACACCUUCUCAUAGUGAACAACCUGUUCCUGAGCAAGAUGCUUCCAAAGGUUUGGUCGAUAAAAAUCCUCAAGGAAAUUCUGAAUUACCUGACUCUACCAAGGGAAGUGAACAGUUGGUUUCAGCAGUUGUAAUUCGUCCACAAUGUGAAGAUAUAGCAAAAGCUGAAAAUAAUGGGCCAAGAAACAACAUAGUCAAUGAUGAUCUAAAUGGGAAUGCUACACUUGCCCCUAAGUGUUUUGACUCAGAUUGCACACCAACCAGUAUGGAUAGAAAUAUAAACGGUGAUGCAUCCAUAAAUUUAGGAAAUGUAAAUCUUGAGGCGAAUUCUGAGGAGCAGAUCUUCAGGGAAAAAAACAUGGUAAACAAUGCCAAUGAAAACAUUAAAGGUGAAAAUAAAUCUGAUGGAAGUUGUGGUUAUCAAAGUCAACAGGGAAGUGGACGCCACUCUGAUAAAGAGGUGAAGUGUUCUGUUCCACUGAAUAGUGAUGUACCAAAUGGAGAUUCUCCUUUGGGAACCGAAGGAAGAGCUAAUGAUCAAUUGAGAGAUGAUUCUACUAUACAAAAGGGGGUUUCUUCUGGGAUUCUGGAUUCUACAGAAGACUAUUCUCCCAAUAGGACUCAUACUUCAGUGAAUGCCUCUGCUCUUGUGGAAGCAAACGAAUCUUUUCAGCUUUCUUCAGCUGCACCAGAACAACCUUGUCCUGAAGCUGACGUGGAACUGGAAACCAAAGCACUUGAAGAUGCUAUUCUUGAGGAAGCUUUAACAAUAGAGGCAAAGCAGAAAAAGGUUGCUGAGCUAUCUGCUAUAACAUUGCCCUUGGAAAGUCGCAAGAAAUCUCAUUGGGAUUUUGUCCUUGAAGAGAUGGCAUGGUUGGCAAAUGAUUUUGCUCAGGAGCGCCUUUGGAAGAUAACUGCUGCUGCUCAAUUGAGUCGUCAAGUUACUUUUGCCUCUCAUUUAAGAUCUAAGGAACUUUUUGACCUUUGGAAGCAAAAGAAAGAGGCUCAUUUCUUGGCAAAAGCUGUCAUGGACUUCUGGCAAUUAGCAGAGGAGAAACUCAAGCAGUUUCAGCCUUCAAGUCCUGGAAAAAGUCCCCUCCUUGCUGUUCAUGGCUAUGCCGUGAGAUUUCUUAAAUAUAAUAGAGGUGCUACUGCAGUUGGACAAGCAGAAUCCACAAGAACUCCUGACUGGACAUAUGAUCCUGGAGUUAUGAAUCUACCACCAGAGGACCAAUCACAAGAAGAAAACCUUUUCUACAAGGUGCCUGUCGGGGCAAUGGAAGCAUACAGGAAAUCCAUUGAAUCUUAUGUAAUAAGGUGGCAGAGUGGCGAUGUCCAAGUAGAAACAUCUAUGCAUAAUGCAGCAACAGAUAAUAUUUAUGAAGAGGAUGAAGGAGAAACAAGCGCUUACUAUCUGCAUGGUGGUUCUCAGAGUAAUAAAUCAGUGAAGUUUUCUCAAAAGAAAAAGAAAAACUCUAUAAGAUUUUAUACAGGCAGACAAUAUGAUAGAGGAGCAGAUAUGGCAAGCAUGGGAAAUAGAUUUGGAAAUCAACAGGAUAUCCAAAUGGGGAAAAGGCCUUCCAGUGAUCUUAGGGUCGGUCCAAUUCUAACAAAGCGCAUGCGAACGGCUCCCAGGCCAAGGGUUUUAGGACCUUACAGUGCUGGAAGUUCGGGAGGUGUUCAGGGUCUAACAAGGACAGAUGCUUCUAGUGGUGAUACAAAUUCUUUUCAAGAUGAUCAGAGUGCCUAUCCAAGUGGACUCCACAUACCAAACAGUCUGGAAGUGGAGUCUGUGGGUGACUUUGAAAAGCAGCUACCAUUUGAUUCAGCAGAAGUAUCAAAACCUAAAAAGAAAAAGAAGGCAAAAUAUUCGGGUUAUGAACAUCGAUGGCAACUUGAUUCAGCAUUCCAACAUGAGCGGAUGGAUCAGUUAAAGAGGAAGUUGGAGAGUCAACAGCUUGAUUCUAAUGGAAACAGUUGUUUGCUUGGACAACAUAUUGGAAAGAAGCAAAAAACAUUUAAGUCACUGGAUAGCACUUUGGACAAUCAUGCCCAAACGGGCAGUUCAGUUCCUUCUCCUACCACUUCACAGAUGAGUAAUAUGCACCACCCUAACAAAAUAAUUAGAAUACUCAAUGGCCGGGACCGGUCUAGGAAGUCUAAAGCAUUGAAGAUACCUGCAGGGUUUAGUGGGAGUGAAAGUCCAUGGUCAUUAUUUGAAGACCAGGCACUUGUUGUCCUUGUGCACGAUAUGGGUCCAAAUUGGGAACUUGUGAGUGACGCCAUCAAUAAUACUUUGCAAAUCAAGUGUAUAUUCCGCAAGCCUAAUGAUUGCAAGGACCGACACAAAAUUUUAAUGGACAAAACUGGUGUUGAUGGAGCCGAUAGUGCUGAAGAUUCUGGAUCUUCUCAACCAUAUCCAUCUACCUUGCCAGGCAUUCCUAAGGGAAGUGCCAGGCAAUUGUUUCAACAUCUGCAGGACCCAGUUGAAGAUAAAAUGAUUAAAACACAUUUUGAGAAGAUUGUCAUGAUAUCUCAAAAAAUGAUCCACAGGAAAUCACAGAAUGACUACAUAGAUCCGAAAAAAAUCCAGCCUCAUGCAUCCCAUACUCUUGUCCUUCAAGCUUUACCUAAUUAUAUAAACGGAGGACCUCCAGCCACGCCUCUUGAUCUGUGUGACACACCUACAUCAAGCCCAGAUGGACUUGUUCUUGGAUAUCAAGGUUCUCACAGUACCAAUGGCCUAGCUAUUUCACAUCCUAGCAGUGUGGCCUCUGUUCUUCCUACUUCGAGUCCUAAAGCCUCCUCUAUUCAAAGUUCAUCUGUUGCUGUCCAUGGGAAUAAUUUCCCGUCUCCAUCUGGCCCAGGAAAUACUUCCGUGAGGGAUGGUAGAUAUGCUGUUGCCCGAUCAGCAGCAACGUUACCUGUAGAUGAACAGCAAAGAUAUAAUCAAGUGGUAUCCGGAAGAAACGUUCAGUCACCUGCAGCUCCUCAGGGAACAGAUCGUAGUGUUGUUCGAGUUGGUGGAAAUGGUUUGAGUGCUAUGAAUAGAAGUAUGCCAAUCGCGAGAACUGGUUUACAAGGGCUCCCAUCACCAUCAAUCAUGAGUUCUGGUAGCAUAAUGUCUUCUAAUAUGCCACCGGUUCCACAUCCUGUUAAUAUUCAUCGCAGUGGAGUUGGUUCUAGUCAAGGGAUGUUGAGACCUCGUAUCCGGCCUGCACAGAAUAAUCCAGAGCAUCACAUGCAAAUCCCCCAAGGGAAUAGCCCUUCUUUUGGAGGUUUAAGUCCUGUUUUCACUAAUCAGGCAUCAUCGACUUCAUCUGUUCAGUCGUACCCCUCGACGAUGCAGCAGCAGCAACAACAAUCGGUUGUUAGUAAUAGUUCUCAUCACUCUCAUCUUCAAGGACAAAAUCAUUCUGCUGGUAAUAAUUCCCCAAACCAAAAUGCAUAUCGACUAGCAAAAGAGAGGCAGCUACAGCAACGCUUGCAACAGCAUCAGCAGCAUCUGCAUCAUCAACCGCUUCCACCUUCCGGUGCUGUUAUGACGCAUGUUCCACCGCAGCCCCAUCUUCCUCCUCCCACGUCCUCUGUCCCCAAUAGUCCUAAAGUCCAGCCUCAAACUUCUUUAGCACCAGCAUCUCUAUCUCCUCUUGCUCAACCACCGUCCACUAUGACUACUAACAUAUCUCAGCUGCAAAAUCAGAAAGUUCACACACCACCUCCCCAUGGAUUUGGCCGAACCCAGUUAAGCAAUCAAGUUAAUAAGCAACGGCGGCGACAACAACAGCUUCUGCAAUCCGGAAGGCAACAUCUUCCACAGAGACAGCAGAUUCAAUCUCAACAGCAGGCGGCUAAGCUUUCAAAAGGAGAUGGAAAAGAGGGAAACCUUCCACCCGUUGAUUCUUGCAUUCCCAAUGGAAUAUCUGCAGUUGUUCCUGGAACCCAACCUUCCAGCCAAGGUGAUCAGGCAAUGAAUUCUAUUCAAGACCAGGGUUUGCAUUCUGGGUCAUCCAAGCCACCGGGCCCUCCUCAUUCUUCAAAUCAACAUCACCUUCAAACGAAGAUGCACCCUGGCCAGGCUAAGCAAGUCCAGCAUAUGCCAACUUCACACUUAGAUAAUAAUAGUCAAGGUCAUGUUCACCAGAAGUUGGCGACCCAAAAAAUGCUUCAACAAAAUCGCCCCCCUGAUUCACCCAACAAGCUGCAAGUGGGUAAAAGCCAAAUUGGAAAGCCAACAGAAGUGGUUGCAGUAACAGGAAUAUCUCGAACAUCGUCUAUUGAUUCAGGUGGUUUAGGACCAGUUGGUUCUUCUACCAGUGGUCAGGGUAAAGCUCCAGAAAAGAAUUACGAUUCUACUGCAAAUUCAGCAUUGGGCGUGACUUCAGUUGGUAACGUGUCUUCAGCUAACGCUGCUGGUAGUGAAAUGACGACCAAGAUGGGGAAAGGAGGAGGAUCCAAUAAUUUAUCACCUAUCAAUGUACAGCAGCAGCAACAGCUGUCACCCUCCAUGCAAUUACCCAUGCCACAUCAGCAACAGUCGUCAAACCAACAAGUAUCUCCUAGACAGCCGCCACCUCAGCAACAGCCUGAUCAACUGCCUGCUGGAAAUAAUAAUAUGUGCCGAUGAUGGAAUGAAGGCACUCUCAGCCUCAAAAACAACACAAGAAUUCUUGGAGCUGCAAAUCCUCUGAAGAUUGGGUUAGCAUGCUCUUGUAGAAAACUCUGUACAGAAGCUGUUGUCGUCACCUCAUCAUCAGAUAAAGUGGGAAGAAUAGAAGAAAGGGUUAUUGUUGCAGGAGGGAUGUGUUUAGGUUUCAAUUGAAGCAAGCAAUUAGGGGUCAGGGUAAGUAUUCUUUUGGAAAACCGUGUAAAUUAGUAUUUGACGUAGGUAGGACGUCAAGAGGAUAGGGAGAAAACAACAAACGCGCUCAUAGAGGGGGUAUCCAUCUUGCUCUCUUUUUUCAUUUUUUUCUCCUGCUGAAACGAAAAAAGAAAGAAAACGAAAGGGGUUCCUAUUUGUUUGGUGGCUCCACCUAAGUUGUUGAGCACAAUGUAUUUGCUUACCGCCUUUUCGGACUGAAAGGGUAGUAGUCAUGAAUUUGAUUGGCAAAAAGACCCUUUCAGAAUUUUUUGUGAAUAGAAGAUAUGUUGUGUAGAGUAGUAGUAACAAUAGUAGUAGUAGUAGUAGAAUGAUCAGAGCAUUGUUAUAAUGUAGAUAACAUGUUUUCAGAUCAAAUGAACUUCUUCUACUCUACAGGAAGAAAGCUAGCUAGUUCUUUCUUUGUUUUUUUUCAUCAUUUUACACUCAUUGAAGCUUUGACUGACUAUUCAACAUCUUUUUAAAAGUCAGAUUUUGUGGACUAUUUUCAUUUA